AUGAUCGUGCAUCGCAGCGUGAGAAGAUUGCGAAGCGGCUCGAGUUUCAUCCGUGCGCCUUAAACUUUGAUGGCAUUACUGGAUGCGCGUUUUGCAAGUUUAAUGCGUUAAAACCAAGAGUCUCCAGGAUUCUAACGCGGAUUAAACAUUGGUUUUGAACAGGAGAAGUUUGGACACGGAGUCGAUGUGGAGAUGUGUUGUAAAUCCACUCUUAUUGGAUAACUCCGCAUAAGAGCAACGUCAGCAGACACUGAGGAGCCUUUACCAUGCAGGGAUACACAUGGAGUUCAAAUAAGCGUCCUUCACAAAGGUACCAAGAUCGGCCUCCACCACAAUACCAAGAACGACUUCAACCUCAAUACCAAGAUCAUUCUCCACCUCAGUACCAUGAAAGGUCUCCACCUCAGUGCCAAGAACAAUUCCCACCUAAUUACCGUGCUGUCAGAAAUGAUCAAUCCAGUGCAUUUCAGGUACAUCUCAUCCCGCAACAUCAUACCACAUUAGAGACAAGAUAUUCCAAUGGACAACAAGAGGCUGCAAAUCAGUGGAAUGCUUGCUCAGGCAGUGCAAAUUCUUCUACAUUUCAACAAAACUCAAAUGGAUAUGAUUGGUUAAAACGGACAAACCAGAUCCAUUGCCAGCAACCAUUUGCAGCUGCCCACACGCAGCAGCAACACCCAUCUGACAACCCAAGUGCAUGUAGAUAUCGCGGCCAAAUGGUGCAAUGGCAUGAUUCCUCCCCACAGAACCACAGAAACACAGGCUAUAGUCAAGCUCCAAUGUAUUGGUCUCCACAGUCAGACCAUGGCAGCUCUGUGGGUAACAGCAGAGGUUGGAGUUCCCACAUUUCCAACAAAGGCAGCUCUUGUUCCAUGAAAAAUCAGCGACAAUUUCGAGCUCCUAGAAUGGCUGCUCAUCAUCACCAUCAACAACAACAACAAGAGUUCUCUAGAAAAUAUUCAGGCAAAAAACGAAGAUGGAACACACAAUACUCUUCUCAGGCCUUCCAAAAAAAUCCUAACAAUCAAGCUCAGAACAGAACUGAGACCAAUCGUACCUCAUGCAACUCUACAACACCACCUUCUGGAGCACAGAGCAAUGUUUCAUUGCCUUCCAAUAAUUUAAACCAAAGACCUGUUGAUCAGAACUGGACAGAACUUAGGUCAAAUGCAGGUCCAGAUGUAUCAGCGACCCAGCCUCAGAAUAAUCAAAUUGGUGGACAUCAGUCUCAGGGCACAAACAAUGGGACAUGUAACACUAAUCAGACCUCUCAAACGACACAGUGCAGAAAAGUCCAGCUUCAGCCCCACUCUGAAACUCAUUUUAACUUGUCAUCUUAUGCUGACUCUAUAAUGUAUAGAUUACUGUGUUCAGAUGAUAAUGAACUAAUAGAUGAAAGAGCUGCACAUCAGAACAUUCGUCCAGAAAAUUCGGAGGUUUGUGCAACCAAAAGGACUGACAAUCACUCAAAGGAACCAAGAGCACAGUGUACAGUUGAACCGCCCAGCAAAAGAAUGAAGUAUGCUAAGAUUCAGAGAGACUGUUGGAACAAAGUAACAACAGUGUCCAAAGACAAAAGUGAUUUUAGGAUGCAAUCUGCCCAAACUGGUACCCAUCAGACAAGUAGCCAUGAGAACAGAUGUAAAGGAACGUGGCAGCACAACAUACAGUACAGUACGGACCCAGCAGACUGUCUUGAAGUGGUGUUUGCACUUCAGAAAGCUGCUCAGCAAACUCACAAGGCCAUAGCCAUUGUUUCACCCAUUUCCCAGCAGAUCCAAAACACUGCACCGACGGCUGAUACCAGCCCCCAAAAAGCUGAAAGUCCACAGUUAAAAAUUGAUUGCGUUUGGUCACUUGUUGAAGAUUCUAAUAAACAAAAAACUAUAAAUGACAAGCUAUUGGAAUCCUCUUUACAAAUGGCUCAACAGGACAACAAAAGCCUUGAAAACACAACUGAAAGCAACCUCGCAAAUCCUGAUGCAUGCUCUGCUAACCCGGAUGAAUAUCAAAAUGAUGUGCAGCAAAAUGACUGUGAUUCAAGUGAUCCUUUAUUUGACUUGUCCAGUGUGCCAGUGAUUGACCACACACUGGAGAAACUGAUGGACUUAGCAAAGUCUUUAGACUGGAUAUCGGCUGGAUAUCCUGAGUAUUCUGAGAGCGUUUUAGAAAGGGUCGUAAAACUCUACUGGAAUGGGAAAGCUUCCAAUAUGUUGGAGCCUUUAAAAUCAUUCCGCGAGGUACUGCACUUAUCCAUGAAAUAUGCAAAGGAUUAUGGGUCUGUGGUAUGUAAAAGCAUUGAAACCGAAAACCUGAAGAAGCUAGCUCAUUGCGACAUUCUCAAAAAUGAGAUGCAUUCAUCGUCAGAGGAGUUCAGGUCUUCUUGGUUAAAUGUUGAUGGACAGCCAGCUGAUAUUGAAAAGGUGCUUUCAGAGCCAUUAUUGUUCAAGGCAACAUCACAGACUCUUUCAGAUAACACUGUUGUCGCUUCAGUCAGUUUAGGUGUGAAUUCCCUCACAGACAUGCCUGAGGUUUCAUCAGAGGAGAAAAGUGUGAAUCCACACACGAGCAGUCCAACAGAUCUUUUCAUACAAAAGCCAGGAAAUGACAGUGAGGAAGUGACUGCUGAAAACAAUGGGCAUUCAUAUGUAAUGCUCAGAAAAGAAAGUGAGAAAGAGACAUCCAAGAAGCAAGAGGACAUCAAUCUAAACCAAAAAUUUAAUACAGAACUCUCAGACAUUUCACCUUUAGUUGAAAGGUCUACAGAGGAACUUGCAGACCUUGGCAGUGCAAAAGAUUGUUUGCAAAUGCAAACACAUGAUAAUGUAUCAGAUUCACGGUCUCUGAGCCCUGGAGACCAUGUUUCAGAUGGUUUCAAAAUCUCUGAGGUGUCUUUCUUUACUGAGACUCUUUGUACCUCUAUAGAUACAUGGCAGAUGGAAGAUGUUUCCAAUGAUGAAAAUCCAGGUAAACAAGAAGCUCUGAAUAACUCCUUUGAAUGUAUUUCAGAUGAAGAAAAUCCGGUCAGUAAAGAAGCUCUGAAUAACUCCUCAGAAGAUGUUUCUGAUGAUGAAAAUCCGGUCAGUAAAGAAGCUCUGAAUAACUCCUCAGAAGAUAUUUCUGAUGAUGAAAAUCCAGGCAAUAAGGAGGCUCUUAAUAACUCCUCAGAAACCUGGCAGGUAGAAGAUAUUUCUGAUCAGGACAAUUCUGGAAAUAAGUUGGUUCUUCUUAAUUCUUCAAACAUCUGGCAGGCGGGAGACAUCUCUGAUAAUGAGAAUCCAGGCAAUAUGGACAUUCCUAGCAACUCCUCAAACAUAUGUGCAGUGGAAGAUGUUUCUGUUGAUGAAAAUUCAAGUAAUGAUUCCUUGUUUAUGGGAAUCACAGUGCUAUCAUCAGAAGAUGCUAAAACAUUUUUCCAACAGAUCGAAAAGGAACCUGAAUGUAACACCACACGCUGUGGUACAGAAAAUGCCAAAUCAAGUUCCAAUAAUGUGACAAAGACAGACAGUGAUGCUGAUCUUUUUGGCCUAGAGUGUUGGGAACAGGCACCACUCUUUCAGCUAGAAGAGGAGCUAUAUGAAGCCAAUCUUCCGGGCUCUGCUGCUAAACCCCAAAAAUUGGGUCAAAAUUAUAGUCUGCCAUGUCUUAAAUUGGAAAUCAAAAAGCCAAAUUUGGCUUCAACAAAGGAAUGUAUUAUGUAUGAAGGACUGAAAGAACAAAAAAGCGAUUGUCUGGAAAAAUCAAAACUGGAAGAAAAUUGUAGUCCACCAUCUCUUAUAACAGAAGUCAAAGAGUCAACUGUUGCAUCAAAUGAUGAAUGCAUUGCGUAUGAAGGACUGGCAGGACAAAAGACUGCCUUUUUGGGCCAAUUAGAACAGGGACACAAUUGUAGUCUGCCUUCUGUUGAACUAAAAGACCAGAAGCCAAAUGUUGCUCUUCCGGAGACAUGCAUUGCAGAAGAAGGACUGACCGGACAAAAAAGCGACUUUAUUGUAAAUUCAGAACUGGUAGAAUACCGUAGUCGACCAUCUCUUAAACUAGAAAUCAAGGAGCCAACUAUUGCUUCAGCGAAAGAAUGCAUUGCACAACAAGGACAAAAAAGUGACAGUAUGAUACAAUCAGAACAGAGACAAAAUUGUAAUCCGCCAUCUAUUAAACUGCAAGUCAAGGAGUCAAAUUUUGUUUUACCGCAGACAUGCAUUACAGAUGAAGAACAGAUAGGUCAAAAAAGUGACUAUAUGGGAGAAUCAGAACUGGGACAAAAUGGUAAGCCACAAUGUCUUAAACUAGAAGUCAAGGAGCCAACUGUUGCUUCAGUAGAAGACUGCAGUGCAGAUAAAGGACUGACAGGACCAAAAAGUGACAGUAUGGUAAAGUCAGUGACUAAGACAGUGUCUGAAAUUCAGGGCUCAGCUGAGAGCGAGCUAACAAAGAUUCAACCAAAUAAGCAGAAAAAUGAAAAAACUAAGAUAAACAGAGUACCCAAGCCCCAAUUUUCAAAGAAAACUGCAUUUUCCAAGCAUAAGCUAAAAUCUGGUAGCAUUAGUACUGAUUCUGAAGAUUCUGUGCUUUUCACUCCAGAUAUUGUGAUUAAAAUGAACUGGCCACAAAAGAAAACACUUCCAUGUGUAUCUGCAAAAAAACGCUGUAGUGGUGAGAGUCACAACUGCAGUGAGGUGAAAAAAUUCAAAGAACACAGACAAGAAAGCCAAGAUAAUCCUGACAGAACCUCAACGAACCACAGAGAAAACCUACAGAAAGUGACAGAGAAAGUGUCUGGCCAAUCAAAUGACACACCAUCCCAGGAGUCAGAAACCCCCCCGGAGCUGCAUGGUAUUCUGUCAGUGAAUAAAAUAACAAUUACAGAGCCAAAGAAAGUGAGAUUUGACUUAUAUGGUUCCAAAACAGAAAAACAGUACUAUGCUCCAGAACGGCGUUUUUCAGCUCCUGCUACAUUAAUGGUCACCUAUUGCAAAGAGUAUAACGAUAUGCUUUCUGCUAAACAAAAAGUUCUGAACCAGUGGAGUAGCACCUUUAUACCUAAAACAACAAAGACUUGUUGUCCCAGGUCACCCCAGAAGGGCUCCCCACAGAAGAAAAAACCACAGAAACCUCAGGACCUGUUAAAGUCAAAUAUGAGUGCAUUAAAAAACCAUUUGACUCACAGAGCCAAGCUAUUAUCUAGUAGUGACAGAGAGCGAGGCCACUUUAGAAAACAAACUUUUCAUCAAAAGCUUAGGAAAACACUAAGCAGCUAACCUGUCGAAGUAUCUUAAUUACUGCUUUUAUUAUGUUUACUUAAAUAUGUUUACACAUAAUAGCUGUAAUUUACACAUAAUAGGUGUAAUGUGUGAUUACAGAUUAUUAUUUUGUUUAUUUUUAUUGUUGAGAGCUAAAUAAUGUACAUUUAUUUUUCUAGCAUUGUCGUUUGUAAUAUGCUAUGUCUCUGACUGCAGUCAUUUUGCAAUGUUACUUUGUAUGGAUAGUUUUAAUUAUUGUUUUUUCUCUAUUUGAAGUACUUCUCAAUGUUGUUGCAUUAUUCUUUUUUACUUUUUACAAUUUGAAGUACUUCUGAAUGUUGUUGCAGUAUUCUUUUUUACUUUUUACAAUUUGAAGUACUUCUGAAUGUUGUUGCAUUAUUCUUUUUUACUUUUUACUAUUUGAAGUAUUUCUGAAUGUUGUCACGCAAUGUGAAAUAUGAAUAUAUAUAAAUAUUUUAUUUAAAAAUACAUGACUGGAAAGUUUCCUGGAAAGGCCGUUGUGUCACUUAAUACAUUUUGUAAAAAACUUGUGUUUGUGUUUCUUGAAAGAUAUUCUCAAUAAAGAUUUAUAUGAAAAUGCA